ACCACUUCGACUCCUCCUCGACUCUCUCUCUCACUCCGUCUUCGUCGUCCUCGUCUCUCGACUUGUGGAAGUAACACCCCACGCCAGUAGUUGAGCCACUGCCUCCCUUCGACCUCGUUACCCCCGUCUUCCCCUCCCACCAUGUCCCGUUCCUCCUACGACCGCUACCUCACUGUCUUCUCGCCCGAGGGCCGUUACGCCUUCAAGGCCAUCAGCUCGGCAGGCAUCACCGCCGUCGCGAUCCGCGGCAAGGACACGGCCGUGCUCAUCACGCAGCGUAAAGUCGAGGACAAGCUGCUCGACCCCGAGACCAUCACCCACAUCUUCCAGAUCACCCCCACCAUCGGCGCUGUCGUCACUGGCCGCAUUGCCGACGCCCGCGCACAGGUGCAGAGGACACGAUCAGAGGCGGCCGAGUUCCGCUACAAGUUUGGCUACGAGAUUACUCCUGAUGCGCUCGCAAAGCGCAUGGCCAACAUCAACCAGGUGUACACUCAGCGCGCGGGCAUGCGCCCCCUCGGCAUCGCCAUGAUCCUUGUCGGCAUUGACGAGGAGCGCGGCCCCCAGACAUUCAUGGUCGACCCUGCCGGAUACUUUGUCGGCUACAAGGCCGUUGCGUCGGGACAGAAGCAGACCGAGGCGACCAACUUUUUGGAGAAGAAGUGGAAGUCUGUCGAGAACGGCAGCCUGAACCUCGACCGCGCGGGUGUCAUCGAGCUCGCCAUCGAGUGCCUGUCAAACGUCUGCGCGACCGACUUCAAGGCGACCGAGAUUGAGAUUGGUAUCGCGUCAACCUCGCCCGAGGAGACGGGACCCAACCCCGGCCGCUUCCGCCAGAUGAACGAGGCCGAGCGCGACGAGUGGCUCACGCGUGUCGGCGAGAAGGACUAGAGGCAGUAUAGCAGUGCAUUGAUGUAUGGUGGUAGAUAUG